ACACACGUUUGUUUUUACUUAUUAACGUUUCCCUAAUUUUAAUCGCUAAUGUUUAAUUUAUCAGAUAGAAAUAUUACCAAUCUGUUCUUGAUAUGAUAACCUGCUUUGGUAUAUAAUAUUUUACAAGACUAAUCUUACCGUAAAGCUUUUGUUGCUACAAUGAUUGAAGAAGACAAUAAAACACUGUGGUGUGGAAAUCUAUCCGAACAAGCUACCGAAGAGUUGCUUUAUGAACUCUUCCUACAGGCGGGACCACUUGAAAAAGUACGUAUACCAAGAGAAAGAGAUGGGCGGCAAAAGAAUUUUGCGUUCAUCACGUACUGCCAUGAAGUGUCUGUACCUUAUGCACUGCAACUGUUUCGAGGUACAGCAUUAUUUCAUCGGACAUUAAGUCUGCAGGGUCGAGGUCGCUUGGUGCCUUUACCUCCACCAAUAAGGAGUUACGGUCCAGAACCUGCUAUAGAUUUUAUGUACCAACACAAUAUUGCAAAUCAAUUUACACAUAUGACAGAAAGAUUAACAGAUGAUGCAAGGCAUAUGAUUCAGUAUCCCAUACAAAGAAAUGAUUACAAUGAUAAAUUAACUAUAGCCAGUUUACAGGGUAAUUGGUCACACAGACAUCACCCUUAUCAUUCUAAGGAUAAAGGUCAUAAGAAAGAUGACUUUCAGCCAAAAGAUAAACAUAGUGAUAAUUAUAAAAGCAGAGGUAAACAGCACAAUAACCGAUGGAGAGAUAGACGGAAUAACAAAAAGAAUAGUGGUUAUCAUAGAAGGGAUUAAUGUAAUAUAUUUUAUGUCUUAACACAGUUUAAUGCAAUUAUAAAAUAAGUUUAGAAGUGCUACAAGAAGUUGUAGAUAGAAAUUUACCUAAUAUAUAAUGCACUAGUGACAAAAUGACAUUGUGAUUUCAUAUACUCAUGUCACUGUUUGCAAAAAAAAAUACAUACUGUAUAGC